UACGUUUUCUGUCCAAUUGAUGAGUAAAAAAGAAGAAAAUAAGUAUCUAUCAGACUCGGAUGGCUUAGAUGAACCUCCUCCUCUUCCUGAUGAACCUAUUCCUGAGACUAUUCCAGUUUUAAAUACCACAAAAGCCUAUAUCAAUAAGUCUAGAUUGACAGAGAAUUUAAAUCAAGAAGAAUCGGGUUUAAUUUCAUCUUUAGAGAAGGAUUCAAUUUUAUCAGAGAAUUGUAAGGGUUCUUUGCCAGUUGAAGAUGGUUGGAAAGCUAUUUUUGAUCCCCAAACUCGAUCAUAUUACUUUUGGAAUUCAAAAACAAAUGAAACUACGUGGAAAAAUCCACGUGCACCAGAAGAUACAUCAAAUGAUCCGAGGAAAUUAGAGGAUCGUAUUCAGGAGAUGGCAUCAGAACGUUCUCACCCAUAUAAAGAAUAUGUAUUUACGGCACGAUUCAACCGUAUGACGGGAAAAUGGCAAAAUGAUCCAAAUAAAAUACCGGAAAACUUUACAGAAGAUGCAAGAGCAUUGCGACAACAAUCUUUUUACUUUGAUGUUGAAGGAACAGCAGCAGCACAUGAUGGACGUAGUUUUCUUGAAGAAAGGCGGCAAAAAAGACUUACUAAAAAGGAACUAGCACUUUAUAAGAAACAAAACAAGAAGAAAAAGGAACAGAGGAAAAGAGAAUGGCUUCUUGAGGAUUAA